AUGCAGAAGACAGUUGAUCAAUAUACACAUGCACCCCCACAAACUCUCUAUCUAUCUAUCUAUCUCUGUCGAUCUGUGUCUUACCUUUUCUUUCUUCCUUCUUUCGUUUCGUUUCUUUCUUUCUUUUUCUUUCUUUCUUUCUUUCUUUCUUUCUUCACUUUCUUUUUUGUUUUGUUAAUCUUUAACCGUUGCAACUGUUUUGCAUUUUCUUCUCGUUUUUCUCAUCUUUUUUCCCUUCCCUUUCUUUUUUGCUUUACUACUUACUUUCACUACUUCAUUUCUCUCUUUCUUUUUUCUGUUUUGUCCUCCUUUCUUUUUCACUUUCUUUGUCUUCAUUUUCUCACUUAUCAAAUUUACUUCAUUUAUUCAUUCAUUUUCCUGUACCUGCCUUUUAUUUCUUUUUCUUCUUUAUCUCGAUCUUCUUUCUUUCUUUCUUUCUUUCUUUCUUUCUUUCUUUCUUUAUCUUCAUUUUUUUUGUGUGCUUACUGGUUUUCUUCCUAUUACCCCAGCCAUUUUAUUCUUUCUUUCUUUCUUUCUUUCUUUCUUUCUUUCUUUCUUUUGUUCAUCAGUUCACCUCCUCCUCUCCUUCUUUCUUAG